AUGCGCGGCUGGGGGUUCAACUCCCCGGGUCGAGCACGAGGAGGAUCCCCUCGGCCCAAGACCCGUGCGAAGCCCGCCGAGUCCGGCGAUGGAAAAGCCUCGCCUUCCACGAAGGCGAAAGGUAAACGGUCCGGUUCCGGUAGCGCAAAUUGCGGCGCCUCCCAGGAGCGCCGACGUGGCCGUCGGCGGAGCCGUGCUUCCCGGCCACGGCGACGCACCAGGUCCGGCGAAAAGAAGGACCGCUCAAGGCGAGGUGCGAAGCGAAGAAGGCGGCAAAGCACGAAAACGGAGAAGCCCAGUGCCGAGGCUCCGGAGGACCAGGCUGGAGAGCCAGAUGCACCGGCGGAGGACGCAGCGAAGGCCUCUCAGGAUCGCGAGUCGGAUACCGAGGUGGCAGAUCCCGACACGGACACUGAGGCCAACAACAUUCGCCAGUCCCCCCGAUCCCCGACGGUGGUGAGGGACGUCCGUGAUCUUGAGACGGCCAUGGACAAGGACGAGGAGGACCUGGAGGUCCCGGGCGCGGGGCCGCCUGCGGACGGCUCCAGCCAAGAUGGCGCGCAAGCUGCUGAAGCCGAGGACAGUGCUGUUCCUAAGCGGCGGAAGAAGAAGGAUGGAAAGACGGAGAAGAAGCGUAAGAAGAAGGGGAAGGGUGGACAGGCUGCGAAGGAGGAAGCUGAAGUGGAGGAGAAGGCGGAAGAAGAUCGACCGGAACCUCAGGAGGCACCAAAGAGUCCCGAGGAACAGAGCCCGGCGAGGGAGCAAGAACAGCCGGAGCAGCCAGAGCAAGAGGAGAAGAAGAAAAAGAAGCGGAAACGGAAAAAAGACAAGGACAGUAAUUUGUUAGCACAGGCUGCGAAGGAGGAAGCUGAAGUGGAGGAGAAGGCGGAAGAAGAUCGACCGGAACCUCAGGAGGCACCAAAGAGUCCCGAGGAACAGAGCCCGGCGAGGGAGCAAGAACAGCCGGAGCAGCCAGAGCAAGAGGAGAAGAAGAAAAAGAAGAGGAAACGGAAGAAAGACAAAGAUGGGAAGAAAGAGGAGAAGGACAAGUCCGAGUGCCGUGAGCGCGAGCCGUCCGAGGAGGCUGUGAAACCGAGCAAGCCGACCAAGGCAGCGUUGCUGGAGGCGGGGGCGCCGCGCCCCAAAGCAGCCUCCCGGCGCAUGAUGCUCGGUGCCUUGGACGGACGGCGGGAGGAGGCCAAGGGCUCAGCGGACGAGGUGAAGACGGAGCCAGGGUCUGCUCCGGAGGAUAGCGGCUUUCAGGCAUCUGCUCGUCUUCUGCAGGCUUCGGAAGGUGUCAGGGAGUCAGGUCCGAAGGAAUCGGAGGAACCGAAGGAGGAGAAGGGCUCCGAGUUGGCAAAGUCUGAGGAUGAGAAGCCGCCCUCCAGCAAGGCCUCCUCGGAAAAGGCGCCUUCCGUGGCUCCGCCAUCUCCCCAGGACCCUGGCACGUCGUCAGCAGAGGGAAAGGAGGAUGAGCCAACGGAUCUGAAGAAGGAGGCACAGGAGGAUUCCCCGAAGGACGCAAGGCUUCGGAAGCUCAUACGUGGAGUCUACGAGAGGAAGAACCCAGAGAAGCUUGCCGACUUGGACGACCUCUUGGCAAAGUAUGCCGACAAGCUCGAGCAGGCUUAUGAGUAUGUCUGCAACAAGUACGGCGAGACCAAGGAGGAUCUGGAUUCGAUCGAGCCGCCGCUCACGGUCUUCGAGAAACAGAAGGACAGCACCAGCGAGGAAAGCGAGGAGGACCGCCAUGAGAAAAAGCACAAAGGCCGCAAGAGGACAGGUCACGGUCAUCACAGGGAGAAGACGCAAGACAUGAAAGCUGUCAAAAAGGAGCUGAAGGAGAAGGAUAAGGAAAAGGAGAAGGACAAGGAAAAGGAGAAGAAGCGGAAGGACAAGGACAAGGACCGUGAGAAGGAGAAGAAGCGUGGCAAGGAGAACCAGGGUCUGACCAGCACCCCUCCGCCACAUCUGCCGAUGCACAUGAUGCCUGGGAUGGGGAUGCACAUGCCGCCUGGCAUGCACGGCAUGCCUAUGACGAUGCACGGCAUGCCGUUGCCCCCCUGGGCGCACUACAUGGACCCACGCUUUGCCGAGGCCAUGGAGAAGAAAAAGGAGCCCAAGGACAAGAAGGAGAAGGAGAAGAAGGAGAAGAAAGAGGAGAAGAAGGACAAGGGCCCCAAAGACAAGAAGGACAAGAAGGAGCCAGAGCUCAGCCCUGCGGCUGAAGCUGCGGCAGGCCCCACCGUCAAGGACACUAUGAAGGCAGCCCGACUGAGGGAGCUGAUCCGUGGCAUCUACUUCCGUCGCAACCCCACGAAGUUGGCUGAGCUCGACUCCAUCUUCGAGAAGUACGCCGGCUCCGAGUGGGAGGUGUACGAGCACGUCUGCAAGAAGUACGGCGAGCCGAUCCUCGAGGCGAAAGAGAGCCCUGCCAUCUCGGGCACCUCCCCCGCGGCCUCCUCCAAGCCGACAGGAGCCGCGGCACAGGAUGGCCAGCUGCCUGGCACCGAGUCACCGCCGCGACCGAAGGCUGUCAGCGUCGCCAAACUUGAGCCGGCGCCGGAGGACCGGUAUCAGCCGAAGAUAGAGGCUUGGCCCUUCGAAGAGGCCUUUUCGCCGAAUUCUCCUUCUCCCAGCCCAUUGCCAGCCGACCAGAGGCCCUCGCAGCGACGCAGUGAGCAGGUGCCUGGGCGGCCGCCCGGCGAAAGCAAGCCCUGGAGGCCUCCUGCGUCGGCGCCUUCCAAGGCGCCUCCCGAUGCGCGGGCCUCCGGUGCUAAUGCAACCACUGCUGCGGCAGCACGUGUGGCCAAAAUGCUAGCCCGCAAGGAGCCUGCUCUCGCGUCUGCCUGGGCCGCACCGGUUGCCUCGAAACCCGAGGUGGCAUCUGCUUGGGGCGAGCCUGUGGCGUCCAAGGCUGCGGAAAAACCGAAGCAAUCGCAGGAGAGCCGGCUGCCAGUGACAAAGCCAAGACAGGACACCUCGGCUCGGGCCACCUCAGAGGCCCCCACCUCGGCCGCGCAAAGCGCCGCGGCAAAGGAGGUCCAAGUCAGCAAAGAGGCAAAGCCCUCGCCAGAGAAGCAGAGGACUGGCGCUCGCGUUUCCGCUGCAGAGCUCGCAAGGCAGAGAGCAGCAGAAGUGGCUGCGUCUGUAGCCUCGAGGACGGCAGGGACUGCGAGCGUCACUGGCAACGCAGGAAAGCGCGUCGCAGCUGAGCCCUUGACUUCCCUAGAGAAGCGCGCCAAGGCGGAGCCUGCGGCUGCUGCAAGUGACAGCGAAGUCACUGAGGCUCCCAGUGGCGAGGAGGAAGCCAAGGCCAAAGCCGGCACCGCCACAGAGAGUUCGGGAGCUCCUGCAGCAGCCGUGGGCCCCACGCCGGCACCGGCAUCCACACCCGCACCACCUCCAAACACCACAGCCACAGCCACGCCAACCACUCCGGCCACAGCUUCCACAGCGGCUGUCGCAGGCACCCCGACAGCCCCAACGACUUCGGACCCGCCCCAAACUGCUCAAGCUGCGCCUGCACCCUCCCAAACGGCGACCCCUGCCGUGAAUGUCCAGCGGCCCCCACCGCCAGCGCCACCGAUGCCACCGGCACCACCGCCUCCUCCUUCGAGGCCUCUUCGCCCACCAGGCGUGCUAAACACUCCGCCGCAACAGCUUGCCGGAGGAGUCUGGUCACAGCCAAUUCCAGGGACACCCCAAGCAGCAUCGAUGCCGUUUGCCCCACGAGGCAUGGGCUUUGUGCCCGGAAUGCCACAGAUGAAUGCUCCAAUGGCGCUUCAGCAGCUUCAAGUGCCGACCGUCGUUAUGGGAGGCGCGCAACAGCUUCCAGGAAUAGCCGUCCAGCCAGGGCCCUUCGGUUCUCCCAUGCCGAUGCAGCCUGGGUGGACUGUGCAGCUCUUGCAGCAGCAAGCCGGUAUGGGCGUGACAGCGCCCCCUCAGUGA